AAAAAAUACAAAAAAAUAAAUAAAUAAAUAAAGGGAGAAAAACCAUAUCCCAUUAAAUGUACACCUUGUCAUUGCAGUCUCGAGGCACGAUCAAGAUUUCAAACUUGAUUACACUUCCUAGGGCUUGACACAUGUGCAGAGCACUAGAUGGUGCUAUAGGAAGUGUAAUCGAGCUUGAAAUCAAGAAUAGCCAAGGAGACUGCUAAAAAAUAUAACUAAUAAAUUAGUUAUAUUUUGGUCUGUUCUCACCCAGAACCAACUGGAUCACUUCAGAAGACAUUGAUUAAACCACUGGAGUCUAAUGAGUUAUGUUUAUGAUGACUUUAUCUCCUUUUUGGAGAUUUUGGCAUUCUGGCCACCAUUCAGUUUAAUUUUAUGGACCUACAGAGCUGAGAUAUUCUUCUAGAAAUCUUUGUUUGUGUUCAGCAGAAGAAAGAAAGUCAUACACAUCUGGGAUGGCAUGAGGGUGAGUAAAUGAAUUUUCAUAUUUGGGUGAACUAACCGUUUAAAUAUAGAUAUUAUGGUUAUAGGCAAAAAUGUAAAUUUGAGAUCCGUUGUAAGAUUUGAGUGGCUAAAAGUGUGAGAAACCAUUUUUGAUGACGCUUACAGUUUAGAUGACUCUAUAUUGAGUGAAGCUCAGAAUAACAACAACAUCAUUGUUAGACAAACACACAAAACCUUCAUUCCCCAAAGAAACAUUCAUUCAAGACAGAAGACUACAAAGCCACCCAAGAGAGCAAUGGCAGCUAUAGUUACUGGGCUCAUCCCGAUCCUCCGCACUGCAGUGGACUCCACCGCCACCUAUAAAGGUCGCACCAUGUGGUUUGGCUUGCUCUGCAUUCGUCUAGUGACCAUCUUUUUGGCUCAAUUUCCCUGGAAAGCCGUGAAUGACGACUUCCACUGUAACAGCACCACACCCAUCUGCAUCAAAGCCUGUUUUAAUACACACUUUGACAGUGCUAUAGUGAUGUCUUGGCAUUUUCUCUUCAUCCUUCUUGUGCUCUCAGUUCUUCUCAUGGAGCUUUUCUCCUUCCACCUUCGAUCUUCAUUCCAGAAGAAGAAGGAGAGAGAAAUGGCAUCUCAGGGUGAGCAGGGGGUUGCCAUUGAUCCCACCAUAACUGUUGGUGGGCGAAUGAUGAUAGACCUCCACAAGAGCAAAACCAGUGUGCUGGUGUACCUGUUCAGUGUGAUGCUGCGGCUUGCCGUGGAGAUUUUAUUUGUGUACGUUUUGCUCUACUGGGUUCUGCCUAAAUUGAGUGACAAAUCAUACCGUUGUGAUGCACAAGAUUUUCACGGAUGUGCAGUACAUCAGUGUGUUGUCCGUGGAGCAGCAGAGAAGCGAAUGUCUGUCUAUGCGCUACUGUUUAUGUCUGCCCUGGUCAUUAUUACAAGCUUUCUGUUCUGUCUCUACUCCAUAGGCCACUAUCUCUGUAAUGCCUAACAAAAUACUUUUUAGAACACAAGUGCCUGUAAUGCAUCGAUUUAUAAAUUAUGGCCUACACUUUUUUUGUCUGAAAUGCUUCCCCAUAGCUUAAUCAACUUUAUUAUUUUAUUUGUAUUUAAAAUGAUUCUGUUUGGAAUUUGGAAUGUUACUUUGCAAUAAACCAUGCACAAAAAUUUGUUUGAUGUGUAAAUUAGAUGAGAAAAUGGUGUCAACCUACUUUUUGACUCUGUAGGGUGUUUCUGCGUCAGGCAUUUUUGUGUGGGCUGGGUGGGUGAGAAGCCGUUUUGAGUUCUUAUCACUUUGUGUGAAUGCUGACAAUGCUUUUUUAUUGCAAUGUUCAACUGUUAUUCUUUUCAAACCUCAGAACAGUGUAGUAGUGCAAAUUACUUUCUGUCAUUCUGACAAAAAAAGGGGGCAAUUAGUUUGUACCAUAA